AUGAAAUAAUUAUUUCUGAAUUAUAGGAAGAAUAAUGAAAUGAAAAAAAACACAUAUCAAGUACUAUCUCAAUAAAAAUAGUAUUAUUAAGAUUUAAUUUCGGAAUGGGGAGACUGUUUUAUAAGAUGGGUAUAGUGAGAAUGGGAACAAAAUCAAAAGAGCAUAUUUCAAUUUUGUUAUUCCUCUUAGGACUUUUAAGGAAAAUAUCAUUUACUUUCUCCUGCUUGUUCUAUAGGUUUUCUCCUCUUAAGCCUUAUAUUUUGUAGCUAUUCUUUUGGUAAUACAACAAUGGUUAGUGGAUUUACAUAAUUUUAUAAAAAUUAGAAAAAUGGAUUAAAUGGUGAAUAGUCAAGAAGCAAGAGUAUUAAAGUAAUGGGAUGAAUGCAUUAUCAAUAAAGAGAUCAUUGAAAAAAUAAAGGAAAGAUUAAAUAAGUAAGAUUAAAGUGAGAGUAAUUAAAGAUAAAAGAGUAGAUCAUAAGUUGAUAAAAACUCAUAACUAAAAAAAUUUGAUAAUGCAUAAUAUCAGAAAAAAGGCACUAUAGUUUGUAAAUUGUUAACAUAAUUUUAAGCUAAUGUAUCCAUCCCAUUUUAAAAUAUAUCAUAUAAGUAACAAUAGAGCAAUAAAAAUAUCCGAACUGAAAAUGCAAAUAAAUACAAUCAAAUGAGUCCUUUGAUAUACAAGGAUAUGGCUUUAAAAUUAAAAUAGGUUUAAAUUUUGGAAGAUGAUCCAUUAAUAAUUGAAUUUAAAAAAACAGUUCCUAGUAUGUUUUUAAGAGAUAUCACGCCAACUGCAUAGAGGAUACCCUUAAAUGAAAAGUUGAAGAAAAUGGAAAAGGAUAAAAUGAAUUUAAUUAAAAUCUAAAAUGUUGAGAAUAUAAUGAUAGGAGAUGUUAUUAUUUUAGAAAGAAACCAAAGAGCACCUUGUGAUAUUCUCGUUUUACAUUGUAAUGAUGAAAAUUUCUGUGUAUAGCAUCAAUUAUGCGAUUAUUCUUCUACAACAGUCAGAAAACCGGUUGUUUAAAAUAGAUGUAAGAGUUUAAAUUAUUCCUUAAGCUGAUUCUUAGAACUUAGCCUAAUUUAAGAAAUCUUUGACAGGUAAUAUAGUAUGUCAUGAACAAAAUUUUUAAAUAAAAGGAUUCUUUUAAUUAAAAAAGGAUCCGCAAUCAAGACUAUUCGGAUUUGAGAAUUUUAUAUUUUGUUAAGAAAGAUUAUUGGCCACUCCAUGGGUAUUGGGAAUAGUAGUAAAAGUAGGAAACAGUUGCUUAUGCUAUGCCAGACUUUUAGGCUAACUUAGAUUCGAGAAUACUCAAUUUGUAUCAUACUACAUUGUAGUUUUGGUUAUUAUAAUUGUAAUAGUUAAAAUAAAUUUAAGAUUUAAAUCAUUGUUUUCAAUUAAAAUGACUUUUUAAAGAAUUUGAGAUCAAUUACUUAAAUUAUCAUUGAUAAUUGUGUAUUUUUGAUUUUGAUGGUUCCCCAUUUCUAUAAAAUUUACUACAAAACUUGUAGUAUUAUACAAUUAAAAGGAAUAGGAAAUAUAGAUUAAAAGUAGAUUAUGUCUUGUCAUAUUGACAAAUAUAUAGAUAAAUAAUAUCUAACAGUAAGUGUAGAUGCUUUUAUUGAGCAAUCCUUUUAACUAUAAUGUAUAAUAUAUGAUAAUAAAUUAUGUGAAUUCGAGGAAUAAAAGUUCAUCUAAUCUUUAAUUUAAAUUUGUUCUGGUAUCAAAGCAUAGAGUGAAGGUAGAAAUCCUGAAAAAGAAGGUAUAAUUCAAUUUAAUUUUCUUAGAAUAAGAAGAUAUUCAACAAGGUUCUCAAGUUAUAAAUUACCUUAUGCAAAGUUCAUGCUCAGAUGAACUGAUGAGUUAAAGAGAAUGCAUAGUGAAUUAAAUUCCAAAAUCUGUUGAAGGCAGAUUUAUUUUCUAUUAACAAUCUGAAUCAAAGGAAGACCUCAAUUUAAACCAAAUAGCCUUAAUCUAACAUGAUUAAACUUCAAAAGACAAAACUCUUGUUGACAAUCAUGAUGGAUAUAAUGAUACAAUCCAAAGAGCAAGCAACCCUAUUCGAAAUUCAAAAGGAUAUUAGUUCUCAAAAGAUUAAUUUAAAUAGGAAGAUUAUUUUAUAGAUGAGGAAAAGUUAUGCAGGAACAUGAUGAGAAAUGAUGAUCCAGAUGAACUGAAUCCAUUAUUGCUAUAAUUAGCAAUGAAUCAUCUGGCUUUUUCUAAGUUAUUAAUUACAGAGAAGAAAGAAUAAAAAGUAAAAAAUAAGUUCUUGGGAUAACUAGAUUAGAAAUAAGUAAGUUUAGCAAAAGCUAUGGGUUAUGAAUUCUUAUGCGUCAAUAAUGUUUAGUAAUAUAUUCUAUAUUAUAUUUAGGAAUGUCUAACACUACAUAGUUUAGAUUAAUGAUGAACUGCAUUCAUUCAAAUUAGUCAUAACUAAAUUGGAUAUUUAAAGAUAAAGACUUUUCAUGUUAUUUGAAGUGGUUGAAUUUUAUUAGGAUAACGAUAAAUAAUUUAUUCUCUUCUUGAGAGAAGGUAACGUAAAGAAGAAUGAGGGAAUAGAUGAUAAAGUAUGGAAACAUUAAUAUGAUUCACUCCACUACAUUUACUAUUCAUAUUGUUAUCUAACCUAAGAAAGUGCAAGUGUCUUUUUGUAAUCAGUAGAGAGUAAUACUCCAGAUAAUUAAUUAUAUACUUUGAUGGAAUAGGUAUUCAAAUUAAAUAUUAUAUUGGGACUUAAAUAUACAUUAAAGUCUGAAUGCUAAGAUUUUAUGAAAAAUAUUAGGAAAUCAGAUUAUCAGAUGUUUGUAUACACUUAAAAUUAAGAAAUCUUUUCUACUUCCAUAUUGUAUUAGUCAGAGCUAUUAUUAUAGAAUGAUUUGGUCUUACAUUUCAACUAGCAAAAUGAAGAGGAUUUACGUGCUUACUUUAAAUAGAGUCUAUAAGAUUUUUCUAAUACAUUUGGUCAUGCAAGCAUUAAUUCUUCCCAAUUUAUCAAAAUAUAGGCUCUUAACUCUUAAAAGCAAAUAACUGUAGAUUAAGUGGAUGAAAAGCCUAGAACAAAGAAAAUAAUUGUGAUUAUGAACAAUUAAUCAUUGUAAUUCAUAAUGGAAAAUCAUUAUUUCAAGAAUAAUCUAAAAUUAAUCCUCAGCUUCACCAAAGUGCUAUUUCUUUAUUAGGCUACUCAGGAUUAACUAAAUGCUAUUUAAGAAAUAUGGUGCACUUCAAAUAAAACCAUUAAUCUGUUAUAUGAAAACUAAAGCUUAUUACGCUGUUUCAGUGGGUGUCAAUUAUAAAUAUUAUAGUUACAAUAAUUCAGCUUAUUUAAAAAUCAAAAAAUAGAGAAGGUAGAAAAAAAGAACUUCUUCUCAUCACUUAUUACAUCCUUAUAAUAGAGAUUGAUAUUUGAAAAAUGCUACUUUAAUGAAAUGCAAAUCAAUUCAAAUACUGAUGUCAUUUUACAAAGUUAUAAAGAAUUGGAUAGACUUUUAUUCUUUUAAAGUCCCCUGAUGAAAAUAUUCUUUAGAGCUUUAUAUUAACAAACCAUUUACAAAACAAUAACUUUUGUUACUUCCUUUACAUUUGUUACUAUCAUUUACACAUGGUACACUCUAGACUUAAUGGAUUAUUUAUUGGAAAUCGUAUUUUAUUUCUACAUAUACUAAUUCUUUUUGUUUUCCCUACAACAUUAUUCUUUUAUUGAUUAAUCGAAGAAAUUAAAAGAUAAUAAGGAUUAAUCAAUAUUAUUGUAAAAAUAUUCAUAACACACUUUAUCGAUGGAAAGUAUUCUCAUUAUGGUUUUUAAGCACAUUAUUCAAGGUCUUCUCAUUUCAUGCAUUUUUAUUUAUAAAAUGUAUGAUCUGGAGUACUAUUUGUAUAUAUUUAUGUCCAUUAGUAUUAAUGAUUGGCUUUAUCUGAUUAUAAAUUUGAAUUUUAUCGAAGCAAUUAUUUUAGCUGCUCUUUUCCCUAUCAUAUUUUACAUCUAUAUAUUAUUAGAUAUGAAUCAAAAUAGUGAAUGGAAUUAAUUAGUCGAUACCUAUGAUGUAUUUUCAAUUAUUUUAGGGACAUCCUUCCUCUUAAUAACAAAUCUUGUGUUUGAUUACUUGGAGAUUUAACAUUGCAUCAGCUUACCUAUCUUUAAUGAUGAUUUUCUAUCUUAUUUAAAUUAUAUACAAAUGAUGAUUAAUUCAAAAUAAAAAAAGAAAACACUGACCAUAUUAUAAAAUAGAGUGAACGAACUUUUUGAAAAUAUUGAAUAAGUAGAUUUGAGUAUAUAAAAAUGUAUAAUAUCAAAUUUAUUCAUUAGUGCUUAUCAAUUAAUAAAAUAAUUAAAGCAAAUUUGGAUAAUGGCGUUAAUAGAUAUUUAAGAAGGCUCAUACAAUAUUAAUGUGGAAGAAGAAAUAAAUAAUUCAAAGUUUCUAAUUGCUAUUCUAUCAUACAACAUUUAUAAUUAUCAUGUACUUUUAUUAGGAACGAAUGGAUUUUUUUUUAGUUGACUAUUUAAUAAUCUUUUGUCUCCAAGGAUUUUAUUUUGCUAUCUAGAUCUUAAUUAAAUUACCAACAAAUUAAUAAGAAUAUUUAGAGUAUGGAAAGUUCUUUUUAUCAACAGCCGCUACAAUUUCUAUACUAUUUGUAAUGAAAUCUAUUGAUAAUAUCAAUUCUACUUUGACAAUUUAGUACUUUGUAGCAUAUGAAUUAUCAAUAAAAUUUCAUCCUAUUUAUGACUUUAGAGUUUAUAUCACAACAGCUAUUGCAACAAUGAUUGGAUAUAUUGCUUGGUAUAUUGUUGAAAAUAGUUCGAACAUUUCAAAUUAGAUAGCUGUGAUACAAUUUUUGGUGCUUUUUUCAGUUUUAUAAUACUUUGUAAAGAGUUAUGUAAAUUAUUAACAUUAUUUCUUAAGUUCAUUUAAUUAGAAGAAGAUUAAGCCUAAAAUAAACUAAAUUUUAUUGAAUAAAAUAAUAAGAUUAAUGACAUAUUAGGUAUUUUGUUACCUAAAUUCAUUCGAGAUCGAUUAAAUGAAAGUAAUUAUCAAUUAAAUUAUAAAUAGCUGAUCAAUAUAAUAUCCAUUAAAAUUAGGGUUUAGUAGCAAUUGUAUUUUGUGAUAUUUGUAAUUUCGAUUAAAUGGUUAUUGAAGAAAAAGAUAAAAUUAUCACUUUUUUGGAUGACAUUUUUCGAACAUUUGAUAAAUAUUGCUAAAUUUACGGAGUUCAAAAAAUAGAAACUGUUGGUAAGACAUAUUUAGCAUCUGCUGGUCUAAAGGCUUGUGAAUAAGAACUGACAUAUCUAUCAUAGGUUGAUCCUGUUUAAAGGGCCCUAAAUUUAGCCGAAUAGAUGAUUAUUUAUAUACGAUCAAAAAUGUAAAUUUUUAGAUUACAAUAGGUGGGGUUAUAAAGGGCAAUAGUUGGUUGGUAAAAUUGGUAUUCAUUAUGGUGGAGCUAUAAGUGGAGUCAUAGGAUUUCAUAAGCCUCAAUUUUCAUUGAUUGGUGAUACAGUUAACACCACCAGCAGAGUUUGCUCGACUGGAUUAGAGGACACUAUUACAUUAUCAGAGCAAGCAUUUGAUUAAUUAAAAAAUGAAAAUAUUGAGUUUGAAAUAAGAAAUGUUGAAAUGAAAGGUUUAGGUAUAAGACCGACCUACAUUUAUAAAUGUAAAAUUUAGAACAAGGAAAAUCAAUUUUCAAUGCCACUUGAAUAAGAUGCUUAAAGUAAGGAAGCAAGAAGCUAGUAUGUCGUUAGAAAGAAUCCUGAAAUAUUUAAGAAAGAUCUUAAAAAAAGGAAAACCAUUCUAACUUAGAUUGAUACAAUGAAGUAGAAGAUGGAUUCAAUGCAAGAGUAAGGGGCUCCGAACGUUUUUGGAAUAAAACCCAUAGAUCCUACUUAUUAUUAACCUUACGAAGACAAGUCAAGACAUUCAAUUCAAUUAUUAUCCAAGCAAGGAUCUGAUGACAACCACAUUAAGCAAUCACAAUCCAAACCUAGUACAUUCAAAAGAUUAGUUACUAUGCUAUAGAAUAAAUUUUAACUUGAAAAUUAUGAACCUGAAAUUGAUGAACUAAUAGACUAUGAAUAAUUAUUGGUAAAAUUUUAUGAAUUAAUUAGAGAAUGUCAUACUAUUAAAGAAUGAAUAUACACUAGAACACAAUAUAAUUAAAGAAACCUCAUUUAUAUAGUUAUUGUAAAUAUCUUAUUAUAAGAAAUAAAUGAAUCAAUUUGUGAGUUAUGAAUAAUAUUAAGAGUUUGUAAAGACUCAAUCAAAAAAUCAAACUGUUCAAAAUUUAAGAAUUUAUGCUCUUUACUAUCUGAUUAAAUUGUUUUGUCAAAUUCAAUUUUAUGGAGAUUUAAAUUUUGGUUUGAUCAUUUUGUAGUGGUUGUGUAGUUUACUUAAUUUAAUAUAAUUUUUAAUCAAUAAUAAAUCGCUUUUUGAAAAGUGGAAAAUAUGCAUAAAAUUGCUAUUAUGUUUUGAAGCUUUACUUAGUGGAUUAGUAAUAAUUUUGGAUGAAAAUAAUUACUUAAAAAAUAUUCACGUCUAUGAAUUAAUCUUUAUUUAAUCAUUGUUUUGUAGUAUUCAAAUAUUAAGCUUUUGGGUUAAAGUAUUAUUUUGUAUUGGAACUGCUUUCUAUUUUACAAUAAUCUUAGCAGUAGAUGGAACCCAAGCUAUAUCUAUAUAUUUUAUCAUUAUCAGUUCACUAUAUAACAUCACGUUGAUCUUAUUGAUUGAACAAUAAUAAGUUGGAUGUUUUAAUUAAAAAAUUAUAUUCAAAACUUAAUAAUAAAAGGAAUCAUAAUUGCUGUAGUAUUUACUUCCAAAACAUAUCCUUAAUAAAUUUUUAGAUGACAAAAUUGGUAAUAUUGGGAUUUGUGAUAAAAUUGAUGAUCUGACAAUACUAUUUGCAGAUAUUGCAGGUUUUACUGAAUAUUCUAGUAAAGUCAAACCAGAAGAAGUAUUGGUAAUGCUCAAAAAUUUGUUUGUUGAAUUCGAUCGAAAAUGCUGCGAUUUGAAUGUUUAUAAAUUAUAUACUAUUGGUGAUUGCUAUGUGGCUAUAGGAAUGAUUGAUUAUCACAAUAGAAAUCCUCAUUAGGAGGCUAAGAAUAUUAUUGAUUUAGCCUUUGAAAUGAUCAAUAUUAUUGCUUAGGUCAGGAAAUAAAUCAAUUUUGAUGGGCUUAACAUGAGAAUAGGAGUUCACACAGGGCCUGUUUUUGGAGGAGUUAUGGGUACAGAUAUUGUUAGAUAUGAUAUUUAUGGACCAGAUGUACUUAUAGCUAAUAAGAUGGAAUCGAAUGGAGUCAAAGGGUAUGUACAAGUUAGUUAAUAAACUAAAAAGUUCUUAGAAGAAGAUUAUGCGAAUAUGUUUAGAUUUGAAUAGAAUGUUACUCUUGAAUUGAAAGCUAUUGGAAGAUAAAUUGAGGGUUAUUUAGUGAAAAGGUAAGAAGAUGAUCAUCUUAAUUAAUAAGAUGGCCCACUUUGA